UGCCUUGGGUGGCAUCAGCCUUGUUAGAGGAUACAACCAUGUUCAAUGCAGGCACUGUAAAAUUAAGCAAAUUACUCCAAUUUUUUUUUUCUUUUUUAAAUUCUUGGUCGAAGGGGAUCUCAUUCCCAGGCACCAGCAGGUGUUCAGCACCAACCAGUUCUUCAGUGGGGUAAGAAUUCCAGACCCAGAGAUCAUGGAACCAUUGGAAGUGAAAUUCCCCAAUAUUCCAUACUCUGCACUGGCUCUCAUGAAGGGCUGCCUUCGGAUGGACCCUGCGGAGAGGCAGAGCUGUGAGCAGCUGCUGCAGCAGCCCUACUUUGACAGCCUGAGGGAGGCAGCAGAGCCGGGCAGAGAGCACCCGAGGGGCUCACAGAAAGCAGCCAGGCUGCCUCGGAAGCACCUGCCGGGGUUACAGCACCUGCCUCAGCUGGCCUGCAGCAAAGUUCUCCCAGCUUUGGACAGCAAGAAGAACUGCUGCAAGACAAGGAAACCAAAGUACCACUUCCCAAACAUCUGACCAGGUGGCACAGCAAAACUCAGUUGGUCGAAGUCACCCAGGAUUUAUAAAAGGAGGAUACAGAGUGGAAAACUAAAUUACAAAAAUUCUGGCAUGUACAGAGAGAUCUGCCUCUACUCUGGGUCACUGAUGGAGAGGAAGUGAUGCAGAAACAGCUCCAAGCUCCUCUUAGUGCUCUGUGUACAAAGGCAAAUGCAUUCUGCUUUCAUUCCUGACUGCCUCCUGGUGCAGGGUUACCCAGCCCAGUGCUCACAGUAUGAAAUUUAAAUCUCUGGCCUUGCAUUUCAGACUUGGCAGGAGAAUUCUGCCUUGCCAAAUCCACCAGUCCCU